GUCGGCACCUCUGCACACCAACACACAAACACACACACUUUCCUUCCUCGCGCGCCAUGUUCAUUCCGGACAGUCUCCGCAGCUGCAUGGUGGAGCCUGACGUCUCGACAUAUCUCCAGGCGCCCUCCUCGGGACAGGAGGUGAAAAUCUAGUGGUGUGGCGAGUGGGUUUGAUUGCGAAACACUCGAAAAGUUGAUGAUAAACUCUAAAGUGUGGCUUGCUUGUCUUGUGCGGUAGAGAGCGUUUGAAAGAGUCGUUUUUGGCGCAGACAUGUUCGCCUCGAUGCACCCCCGAGUUAACAUGCUCACCCCUCCUGCACACCAGUGCCACAAGCAGGUGACCUACGAGGAUGAGUUUCAUCCAUUCAUUGAGGCUCUUCUGCCUUAUGUGAAGUCUUUCUCCUACACGUGGUUCAACCUGCAAGCUGCCAAACGCAAAUACUUCAAAAAACAUGAGAAACGCAUGUCACUCGAGGAGGAGAGGAGGUGCAAGGAAGAGUUGCAGAACGAGAAGAUUGAGGUGAAGCAGAAGUGGGCCUCUCGUCUGCUGGGCAAACUGCGCAAAGACAUAACCCAAGAAUGCCGAGAAGACUUUGUGCUCAGCAUCACAGGCAAAAAGCCCGCCAUGUGCGUCCUAUCCAACCCCGAUCAAAAGGGCAAAAUGAGAAGAAUCGACUGUCUACGUCAAGCUGACAAGGUGUGGCGUUUGGAUCUCGUUAUGGUGAUCUUGUUCAAGGCGAUCCCUUUGGAGAGCACGGACGGCGAGCGGCUCGAGAAAUCGCCCGACUGUGCUCACCCUGGCCUCUGCGUCAACCCUUACCACAUAAAUGUGUCCGUCCGUGAGUUAGAUCUCUACCUGGCCAACUUCAUCAACAGUCACGAAGUAAUUGGUGGCAUUUGUGAUAAUAACAACGAGAAAGAUGACGACAGAGGGAUCAAAGGCUAUUCACACAAUCCUUAUAACGGGGUGGUUUGUAACGAUAUCAUAUUAGCCACUGGAGUGUUCUCAUCUAAAGAACUGUGGAGACUUGCCAAAGCGUCAAUAAUGCAAGGGCCAAACGGAAUGCAGCCCCCUGUCAGUGCCAUCAAGCUGGAGAACCCUGGCGGCUACUACUGCAACAGUUACACACCUCCUGCUCCAGAUCACUCUUCAAUGCUGCCCACCGGCGCCUAUAGUCCUAUGUCACUUCCAAGAAGUUCCCAAAGUCCUGGCGAGCCCAGAAACAAACGUCUGAGAAGGCUGAGUUCCACCGAGGAGGAAAUGGAGUUGGGCGCCGCGGGGCCAGGUCGAGGUGCGGACAAAAGUUCGGCUCCUGAGGUCGCUUACUACGGACAGAGUCCCGCGUCCCUGUCCAGCCAAACCAGCUGGCAUUCGGACGUUGACCACGGCGCUUCCUCCUCAGUUCACUCGCCCCUGUCGGCGGCCAACAAGGUAAAUAAGCAGGAGCAGGGUGGCUUUCAGGGCGGCAACAACCCCUCCUCGUCCGCCUUUGGCAGGGCGAACCACCACCACCACAACUCUCCACCCCACCCCUCUAGUCACACCACGGCCCCCACCAACCCCCGCCAAGGCAUGCCCUCGCAGCACAGCUCGGUGGCGUCGAUAGCGUCUGCGAGCAUCGGAGGCGGAAGCUCUUCGAGCAGCUACUACCCCCAGACCUCCGCCUCCGAGCACCAAAGCUCACAGCACAGCCCCACAAAGUACCCUGAAAACGGCCAUGACACGCUGUCAGACUUUGUCACCUUUGUUUGCCAGGAAGCGGAAAACACACAGCAAGGAUCUCAGGCGGGCACAUCGCGGAGUCCUUCGAAACUGGCGCAGUAUUACCCUAGCUCGAUGCUGCCACCGCCCCCACCGCCUCCGAUGGCCCGACCUGUAGCCAUCAUUCGUUCGACAGGUACUGCUGUCCCCUUGGCAAUCAGCUAUUCCGACCGAGAGUUGUCUGUCGCCGCCUCCAACUCGCCGCCCGCCUCCUCCACACCACCCAUGGGGGACUCAUCGUCACCCCGCGAUGGCAGGGGCAGCGCCCUCAGUCCGUCUCCGCCGGCCUCGGCAGGGCCCCCCAUCAGCCAGGGUGAUUUGCCUCCACCACCUUCAUCCCGGUCGGUGGUCAGUGGCCCUUUUUGUGUGAGCAGAGACUACGCGUUUUCACACCUGCACCCACAAACUGGACAGUUGUUUACCUACCCAAGCUUGAGUCCUGUCGGAGCAAUGUCAGGUGUAAUUAGCCCGACCAACCUGAACCUUUUCUCAUCACCUGUGAGCAAUUCGCGGAAUUCGUCUAGAUCCACGUCAAUUCCUCGAUGGAACACGGGGCCCUUCAUCAGCCUCGAGGAGGACUACAUGAUGGCGCCUCUGAUGGGCCCUGGAAACAGCGCCGUCGAAGCCAUGGAUGACGAGCGCUACUUCAGUCCAGUGGUGCAGCAGGCCGGGGGCGGCGACCCGAUCGACGCCUCCGAUCACGCCCCCACGGACGGUUCGCCGCCGCACGAGGCGUCGGCGGUGACGGCGGCGGCGGCCGGCGUCGCUGCCAUCACCGUGGUGGCGCCCGACAAGGGGGCCGGCGGCGCCACGGCGCCGCAACAGUCGUCGACCGCCUGACCGCCGCUCCGUUUCUUCCGAGACGCAGAAUCGUUUGCUGUUAACUGAGAAUGCUGUUGUUCAAGUUUUUUGCUCAAUCGAAUAUUUUGUUUGCGGUGCCACUGCAGCCCCUGUACUUUUCAUUGUUAGAAAAAAUACGAUUUUUUUGUUUUCAAAAUCGGGAGUUUGAAGUAUUACGUACGAUUUGUGUGCUGCAGAUUUACCAUUGUCAGUGUAAAUAAGGUAAUUAUAAUGCCGUCAAUAUUGCAAGAAAACUCUGUAAUUCAAUUAUCGCAGAAAAGCCAAUAAGAAAAUUCAGGUGAUACGUCAGUCUAUAGCAAAAUCACACACUUUCUGUGUAGGAGAAUUGCUGAUUUUAAAUUUUUUUUGUCAUGUUUCAAACCAAUUACAUUCAUCUUGGUUUAAAGUUUGAAAAUUCCAGGAGAAUUUAAAUUGAUUAAUUGGGCGGAUUUCUCUCUUUAAAUCGCAUUAUUAAUCAUUCAUCUCCCUGGCUAUUAACUUAAAAGAAUUGAUUUAGAUCAAUUUAAUCACUUAAAAACUUCAAUAUUUUUAAUUGGCAAAUACUUUGUGAGCGAAUAUAUUAGUCAAAACAAAUUUUGCACGAUUGGAUUUUUUGAACAGAAUGUGAUAACGCUUCUAGUUUUAACUAGUUUUUCAGGUAGUCCCGUUGAAGAACUUUUUUGAUAUUGAAAUAAGUAUUGAAAAUCUAGAGCGAUACACACACAAAUUAUGGAGUCGCCCGCAACAAACCGUUCUCUGCUGCUAGUUAGCGUAAAAGUUAUACUUUUCUGGUGUAAAUAAUUGUUAGUUCAAUACAACGCAACCUAUAAAAGGCCUAUUUACAUUACACGUGCUGGGAAAAGGAGAAGGAUAAUUAGAGUGGAUAAAUCUAGGAAAAAUUCUAGUGCCAUAUUUAAAACAUAAAGUAAACGCGAGAGAGGAAAUUCGUAGGUGAUUAGCUAGACUAUAAUUAAAAGUAAUAAAUUAUGACAUGACAAAUUUUAUAUAAGUAAAAGAUACAAUACAACGAUUCUCCAUUAAGUAAGAAGCUCAACAAAGUGCUAUUUUGCAAUAUACACUCGUUGUGAGGGAAAACAGUUUUAGUGCGCUGAUUACUUAAAAGUGUUUAAUUACGAAACGGGCUGUAUCAAAUUAGCUGAGAGAAAAAACUAGCGUUUAGCGAUUCAAUUAAAGCAUAGCCAGUACUUAACAAAUUUAGCGAGUUUGAAAGAUAAAAUUUAAUUAGACAGAUUUUCAAACGCACAGGGCCUUUUAAAAUAAAGAAGAAAAAAUUCAAAAUUGUGUUCCUUUGGUAAAAGAUGAAAAUGAAAAGUGCCCUAUUGAGAAACGCGAACACGUGUCUCAAAUUUUGGUUGCAGUCACGAUAAAAUUACCUUAGAUGCCUUGCAACGUGGGAAAAUUCGAUUAGUAUUGCAGCAAUAAAAAAACACUCAAUACUCAAAAUGCAGCGAUCGUGUUUGUGAUGCAUGUAGGCAUAUAUAUAUUGUUCGGGAAAAAAUUCAAUACUCAUGUAGGCCGUAGCGAGAAAAGUAUAAUUCAUCGUAGUGCAUUAGCAAAUAUGUGAUCACAAAGUUGGAUCGGCACUUUAAACCAAAGAUGUACUUGGAAGAAAAUUUUCGUUCUGCGACUUUUGACGUUUUAUCGUUUCGAAUUUUAAUUAAUUUGCGUGUGAACUUUAGAGUUAGCGUGUUCUUUUCUGUUGUAAGGAAGAUAAUAAACGAGAGAUUAACUUAUUUUAUUUGCAAAGGUACAAAUCUGUCAAAUUAUAAAAAGAGUGCUGUAGAUUGAGAAAAAAAAAUGACGAAGAAAGAAUCAAAAUGAUGUACACCGUAUAUAAUAAUAAAAAGUAACUACUGCGCUAUUACCAUUACUAAUAUUAGGGGUCCAUUGUUAAAAAAGGGAUAAAAACCAGUUUGUAUUAAAAUUAAAUAUUCAUCCUCGAUUGGACGCUACUGAAAUAAAACAUCUUAAAGUCAGAGGUGGACAAAAUUUUUGAUAAAAAGAAAAAAAAUUAUAAUCGUAGUGAGGGCGUGCAAACAAGAUUAGCCAUGUAAGUUAAACUAUUAUUAAAUUUGGAUUCUGCGCUGUUAUAUUGUUGCUGAAGAAAAAGUGUAUUCGGAGAAUAUUGUUGUGAACUUUUUCAAUACACUUAAGCUGCUGAGAGAAUUUGCAGAAAGUGGUGCCAAAUAUAUUUAAAUGUUAUUUAAAGCUGCAUCUGAACGCACACGUACUUUGUAUUUUUUUUUU